UGUUAUGACUGUCACUGUCCCUAACCUCAAUAAAAAAGGGAAACCCAUGUUAUCAGCAUGGACGAGCAUCCCUCCAAACUGUGGCAUUUGAUAAUGCAAACUAUGACAAACGCGUAGUUCCGUUUGAUACUGUCCAUGAUUAAAAUUCCAUCGGCUCAUUUAUCUCAAUGGGUAUAAAACCGUCAUACAUCACUCAUUACAUCUCAGUUGUGCUUCACACUUCUUGAUGACAGGCCACUGUCAGCUUGUUAGGAAGAUACAAUGGAGGAGAGUUCUGGAGUGGUGAAGCCCUUCAGCACUUUGGAUGAUUUGUACAGGAAUUUGGAUAAAUUGAAGCCCUGGCCGAGGAUAGAACCACUCAGACAAUCCGCGGGGUAUGUUUAUCCUGGGAGUGAAAUUGAGAAGGCUUCGGGAAUUUUAACGAGAUUGAAUCGUGAUGAACAGCCUAGGACCAUUGUCUGUCAUGAUAUGAAGGGAGGAUAUUUGGAGGACAGAUUUAUCAAUGGCUCCUCAGACCCCACCUGCUACACCUUCUACCACUGGAGCAUAAUCGACAUCUUCAUCUACUUCAGUCAUCACAUGGUGACAAUUCCCCCAUUCGGGUGGAUAAAUGCAGCGCAUAAGCAUGGCGUCAAAGUCCUGGGAACUGUCAUAACCGAGCAUAAGGAUGGGGAGGAAAUUUGGAGCGAGCUUCUGUCAUCCUUGGAGAAGACUAGAAAGUUCGCCGAUGCCCUCAUCACUCUGGCCAAGUUCUAUGGAUUCGAGGGGUGGCUUUUGAAUGUCGAGAACAAAAUCAAGCCAGAGGAUAUCGAGAGAUUGCAGUUCUUCGUCAGAUAUCUGACUAAUGGGUUGCGUAAGGAUGUUGAGUAUUCCGAGGUCAUCUGGUAUGACAGCAUCAUUCAUGAUGGAAGUCUCAAUUGGCAGAAUCAACUUAAUGAGAAGAAUCAACUUUUCUUUGAUUGUUGCGAUGGCAUCUUCUUGAAUUACAAUUGGAGUGACGAGAGUUUGGGAAGCACUCGAGAAAUAGCUGCUAGGAAUGGGAGGUUGAGAGAUAUUUACGUGGGCUUGGAUGUCUGGGGGAGAGGAUGUCCUGGAGGCGGUGGAUUCAACUCCCUCCACGCUUUGGAACGAAUAAGAAAAUUCAAUUUAUCAGUUGCCAUAUUCGCCCCGGGCUGGACCCACGAGAAUUUCGGUCCUUCGACAUUCGAGAAGAUUGAAAAUAUUUUUUGGGCGCAAUUGACUCCUCUUUUGUACAUCCACGUGCCCAUUUAUUAUAAUGAAAGCUUUGAGACUUCGUUUUGCCGAGGGUAUGGGAGGAGUUUGUAUCAAUCUGGUGAGUCUAAUGAGAGUGGAUCAUUCUUCAACCUCAACUUACAAAAACUGCAAAUCUCAGUGCCAUCAUUGCACCUGAAAUUCACGUACAAAAACAUUCCAGAACCUCCUCCCAAGAGUACUUCGAGUAAACAACAAGCACCAGAAUGCACAUUCGAAACCCCCUUCGAAGUUAUAAAAGUUCAGGGUCGAAAAAUAACAUUUCUCCCGAAGAAUUUGAGCGUCUCCGUCAAUCGUACUGACUUCUGCAACGAUUUUUCUUACGGCGGAGGUGGCUGUCUCCAGGUGACAACAAUCCAUCCCCAGAAUUAUCACAGGCUCUUUCUGACACAUCUCGAGUUCUCAGAAGACGUAAAAGCAACUUUAAUAUACAGAGAAAGUGAGGAGGUACUCAAUAAUAACGAAAAUAGAACGAGAGCGCCGACACUCGUAUUGAUAAAUAACAGUAACAAUACGUCAAACUUUCUUCAGGCGAAUGAGACGUUUCAAUUGGACACAAGGUGGAGAAAAAGCUAUUACACUCCCAAUCUUCGAACAAUCAACGAGAUUGCAGUGGCAUUUUCAUAUCAAGGUCGCCAUUAUCUCGGGGAAUUGAAAAUAGAACCGGUGCGACAUUUCUUCAACCCAGUUCUACGAUUAACAUAACAUUUAUCUCUUGAAUUGCUAGAAAAAUUGAUCCAAGGAAAAUAUUUUUGUUCAUCUCUGGAAUUGUUAGAAAAAUUGAUACAAUUAAUAUUUUUAUUAUGGAAAUAAUGGUUAUUGUUACUAUUGACGGUGUGAAAAUUUAUAUACUCGUGAAUAUUUGUCUUCUGUUUUGUCAAUUUCUGUGCUUUGUAUUCUUGGGAAAGUAGAUAUGUAUAUUAAAAUGUUGAAUAAAACGGUUUAUGACUUUGUUUCAA